GCACUCGGCUGUACUGUUUCGACGAAAAAGGAUUUGUCAGUAGGUCAGAGUGUGAAGACCUUCGAAGUUAGUUUGACUUUUCCGUAGUUGCCGGAAGUGUGAUCGUCACUGGUAGCCAUUGCGUCCGUCAGGCAUCUGGAACUCUACAAUCAUUAUCUGUCCUAACGAAAGUGUGCGGUUUGGAAACCUUGAUAUGGUGGCCUUGGGACAUCCUUGGAGUUUGGAUGGUUCAACCUGAGAGAAGAUACAAAAUUAGCUGCUUAGCAGUGGCCUUGCCGACGUAGAAUUUGGAAAAUUCCACCAAACCUACCAAGAUGUCUGAUGCAGCUAGUAAGGAAAGGGAAAAGACGAGUAGACUGCGAAUAUGCACCGUGAAGGAAAUUGUAGAUACGGAGCGGGCGUAUCUGCAGACUUUGGAGUUUGUGUCGACGGGUAUCCAAGAUCAGAUGCGAUCAUCGCAAGCGGAACACCCUGAGUUCACCGAUGAGAUGAUCGAGAGCAUCGUACUGAAUACGGGCAACCUGCGCAAGCUGCACACCACCAUGGUGGCAGCAUUUGACAAGAUCGUCCAGGAUGGCAUCACUGCCGACCUGAAGGUUGCCUCCGUCUUCCUCACCUGUAAAAAUGAACUUCGUAUGGAGUACUCCACUUAUGGUAGCAACUACGAACGUGCGCAGACUAUUGUCAGCGAUGUCAUGAAACGUGAACCAUUCAAGGGCUUCUUCCAGACGCAGCUAAUGACGCUAGGCAAGGCAGCUACAGUGGCUAAUGUCCAAGGCUUGUUCCUCUCGCCAGUGCAGCGAGUGUGCAAGUACCCACUGCUGAUGCGGGAAUUGUGCAAGCACACCGGGCCAGAUCAUCCUGAUUACGAGGACUGCAACCAUGCGUGUGAAGUCAUGAAGGAGGUCUGCAGUGUCAUCAACGAGGCGCGCAGAAGAAUGGAGAAGCUAGAGGAAAUUAUGGACUGGCAGGCGGGUAUAGAAGGCUGGGAGGGUCCAAACUUGGUGGACACGUGUAACGAGCUGCUCAGGUGUGGUGUGCUUCUGAAGAUCACUGCCAGCAAGGCACAGGAGAGACACUUCUUUCUGUUCGAUCACCUGCUGGUUCAGUGCAAGAAGCUGGAUGGCAAACGGAGGAAGUCUAGGACUACAAGUACAGUGAAGCCGCCCGUUGAGAUAACACCAAUGUCAAACCUGAGUCUAUCAGCGACAGCAGCUAAUGUAUACCAGUUCAAGGGCAGUAUUCUGCUGGACAUGCUGGAGAUUGAUGAGAUGGUUGAGAGACCUGGUUUUGUCAACAACAAUGUACAUUACCAGUAUGGCUGGCGCAUCCAGGAUAAAGAAAAGAAGAAGGCAUUCAUGUGUAUGACGCAAACAAUCGAGGAGAGAAAGGAGUGGGUCGAGUCAAUCUUAUUUGAGCGUGAGAAAGUGCGAGCUUUCAAGCUGAAGUCUCUGCAAGAUUCGUAUGUUCUUAUCGCAGCUCGUGGUGAUCGCGUUUACAAGGCCAUGCGCAAAUCUGGCACAAUACGUGAUCACAAGAAUGUCGUCGGCUCGAAGAACGGCGAAGCGAAGUGCUUCUCAGGAAUGGAAUUUGUUCAGUUUAUGUUGGAGUCCAAAGAAUGUGAAAGUGAAGAAGAAGCAGUGGAGUUAGGAUGUGCUCUGGUCUCUAAUGGAAUCAUCCAUCAUGUCAGCGACAAAUCCCAUUUCAAGAACGAGAAUUUCCUGUACCGGUUUCGCUUCGACGAUGGCACUUUCGAGGCACGCGUCGAGUCGAGUGCAUUCUCCAGGAAGGCGUUACAGUACUAUGUGCGCUUGCACAUGUUAACAACGCCAAUUGUUCGGGAUAUCAAACAUAAGUUGGGAUCUGGCAUCAAGCACACGUUCACCGGCAAAGAGCUCGUCGAUUUCUUAGUAGCACAUAAUGACUUCAGUUCACGGGAGGAUGCGCAGGCAUGUUGCGAUGAGCUGCUUGGCGAAGGUCUGCUGUCACAUGUGGACGGCAAGAGUCAGUUCAGAGACCGGGAGGACAUGCACUACCGCUUCUGUGCUGACGAACUCAAGGAAAAGACAGAGCUAGCAGCCCCUGGUGCAAGUCAGGUGUUGGAAGUCCAGUCAGCGGCCACUACUCGUGCCAUCAACAUUCGGCCGAAAACUGACACACUCGGCUUCUCGAUCAACAGCAGCCGGCCCAACGUGGUGUCCUCGGUAGUUGCGACUGGCAUUGCAGCUACUCAAGGUCUGACAGUCGGUGCCAAUAUCCACACUGUCAAUGGCGUUUCGGUGGUCGGCAUUGACGUCGAGUCCAUCGUGGGUUUGUUGCGCAACAGAUCGACAUGGCUGUCGCUCACCUACAUGUCGCCUUCCACAGAGAUGAAGCGAAUGCAGGUGGCGUCUGGUGAGAAGUAUGGAUACAGCAUGGGUGGUUCACAGCCAGUCAGCAUCACACAUGUCGUGCCAGACUCGGCUGCCUCUCGUGUCGGUCUGUUCCCGGGUCUUGCUAUUGCACGUGUGGAUGACCAUGAUACUCUACAAGCCGGUCUACCCGUGGCCAUGAAAAUUCUUUUCGGUAAAAGCCUAGAAGAUGACGAUGAUCAUACAGUGGUGUUGCGCACUCAGUCUACUGCUGCCGUUCCAUCCAUCGUAGUCGACGACAAUCGAAAUCCGGACUCAGAUGCCAAGAAAAUCUUGUCUUGGGUUGCGGAAGAAGACAAGAAGUUUGACAUCACGGUGGCACUACCUGACAUAAUCCACAACGUCCUCUACAACUAUAGCACACCGAAUGGAUCAACGGUUCAGGUUCAGGAACGCAGUAUCGAGUCGCUCUUUACCUACAGUAUGCCAGCAAAGCUCUACGCAUUGUGGGCAGCCGAGGAUGCAGCCCUGUCGGAGGAUGUGCGGCGGUUAUCAGACACACUGCCUGAGAACAAUCCCUUCUCAUCUUACCUGCUCAACUACAACCGCCGACUAAACCGUCACGUUGGCACGUAUCGUCAGUGUGAGGCAAGUUUCCGUCAAACUCACUUCCCGUCAUUCAAAGGCAAUAAAGACUCCGCGCGUAUCUCGUAUGCUGGUUGCCCGAUGAACUGUCACGUCUACGAACUAGUGGUUGAGACGAAUACCAUAUCUGGUGAAUCAUUGCACAGCACACACCAUAGCGUGCUAUGCGCAGCUCCGUCAACAGUGCACCAGAUGGGCAACUGUGGUCUGCAGUCACAAAUGACAACACUGGACAGCAUUCUGGGUGUUCGGGCUAUGCUGACCAACUGCCAGCGUCUAUGUGCUCGCGUGUGUCAAGCAGCUGAUGUCAUUCAUCGAGCAUCCGGUGAUGAUUAUCAUGCACGGACAUCACUGUCCUCUAACCCAUCUUACGGACCGAGUCCGUUCAUCAAUUUGUCAUCGAGCUGUGUGAGUCUAGCAAGCGUUGUGAGUGGUGUCAGCGAGGACGAAGGCGGCGAUGACACCGAGGACUUUGCCACCAUCAACCUCAACAGUCCAAUGACACCUCAGUCGCGUGCCAUGGCGUUCUGCUCUCAGGUGACGAAAUACCUGGGCAGCUGCGUCAACAAGGCCGUCGUGAAUGCUUUCCUUGUGACCGAUGGGCUGCUAAUCAGUGCAGGAGCGGGUGAUAAGGAGCGCAGGACCUCCAUCAGUCAGUACCUGGAACCGAACAUCUCGGCGGCACAUAAAGCUCUGACAAGUAGCAUAAGCUCAGCCAAUGUCAUGGUGAAGGAGAACGAGCGUCUCGCGGCGCUCAUCCAAGCGAAUGAAGCACCCUUUGACAAGUGUGUUUGGGAAUUGUUCGAGAACCUCAAUACAUUACACUCAGAAAUCUUUAAUCGUCUGAUGUGCACCAUCGCUCAAGAUGAUGACUUGCAGCUUAUACAGCGGCGCGACGCUGUCUUCUCCCAAGUUCUGUCCUCCUUCAUGUCGGGAUUCCUGGCCAAGCUGGAGUCUGCAUUGGGCGGUGAGCUGAAUCCGCUCCCAGAGCAUCACUCUGACACUGAGCUGAUGAGCAACCGAUGGCUGCUGCAGCUGGCCGACUGCGGAAUAGUUGCCGACUACGAAGUCAUUGUUGACCCCACGGUGGAUGCGGAGAUGUCGAUGCUGGAGGAUGCUGUUCCGGCCGUGUCACAGUUGGAGAAUGUCACCAUCUACAUCCGCCGCUGGACAAAGAAAAUGGCCGAGAAUGAUGAGAGCUGGGACAAGGCUAUUGUCGAAAUCACUGGCAGCAGGUAUAAGUUGGAUGUCACCAUCUUCAUCGAUGACUGCCGCUACGAGAAGCUGCCACUAAGCCUGCAGACAGGCUCCGUGCGCAUCACACCAUGCGUCUUCUCUGCAAAUCUGUGCCCGCUUCCGAAAGAGGCCAUGGCAUCAUCCGAAGGACGUCGUACUUUCCAAGUCAGCUGCAACAUCACCUCUGUUGACAAACUGAGAGAGUACUACAAAAUAUUCCGGUCAUGUGUGCUUGAUAAGUCUCGCCUCCCAGAGAACCCUGAGGAGAAAAUGGUGGAGAUCGAUCGGCUUCUCAAACCACUGCACACACUUGGCGAGACUAUUUCCGCACUGAGCAAGACCGUCGAGUACGGCAAGGGAGACAACAUCUACAACUCCGCUGCAGUCCUGUCACUGGCCAGUGAAGUCACGCACCGCUGCGGUGGAGUACGCGUCUCUUCCAGCUUGAAUGGAAACUGUCGGAACGUUUGCGCGACGACAUUGGAUGCAGCCAUGCUCCUGUGCCGAUCGCAUCAACUGCCCCUGGCAAACUUGAGGAAAGCGUGUGACUUGCUGAGGAGCGAAGGUGUGCUCAUGCAGACAAUGGAGAAGAACUCGCUAACAAAGUAUCCCUUCACGCGGGAGCCACUUCCGGUCUGUUCACCACCUGCUAAUCUCGUGCUCAAGAAAGAGCAGGACUUGUCAAGUCAACCAACAGGCUUCAAGAAGCGAACGAACAAAAGCAUAUUUCGCAAGAGAUGAGGCCGCUGGCAUGUCAAUGUGAUAAACGGACUAGUGCUGUUUCCCUUGGCCUAGCGGCAACAUGAAUGCAUACAAAUGUGCACGUGUACCUCCUUUUGGCGCUAGUGCCUAUGACUGUAUAUAUCUAAUCAUACUCGAUAGUCGUGUUCAUGAAAUAGCAGCCCAGGUUGCCAACAUGCACACACAUACAUACACACUUUGAAUGUAGUCAGUGUUGUGUCGGUAGCACUUUCUCCGUUCCUUUAGGGCAUACUUUUCUUACUCAGCAAAGGGAUCUGUCGCUUGCUAGCUGUAAACUUGUAGAUCUCACCAUAGUUGUUCUUGUCAUUGCAAUAUUCUAUUCUCUCUGAUUUGUCCAUGGUAUUUGUCACCCUCAAUAGAUAUGUAUUUCUAACUUGCCAUACAUAAGGAGGCUCGCCCCCUAACAGCAAAAUAUUAUAGUCAAGCCCACCAUGAAAAAGCCAAACAGCUGUUUUCUCCUCUUGUCUUUUCUCCCUGCCCCUCCUGUCAGCUUGCUUGAGCGACGCUGUACUGUGUACCAUAUCGCCUUGAGUAGAUUCAAAUUAUUGACCGUUUCUUGUUGUUUCAUCUGUUGCUCUGAAUGUUUCCGCUCUGUUCCUCUUCGCUUCGUCCUUUCUUCACGUGUCUGUUUUCUCACUCCCCCCAUCCCCCUGUCUCUGUCUCUCUAUCUCUACAAUGAUUAUGUACCACUCCUAACAGAGCCGUGGAAUUAGAUCGGUUGCCUGAUGGCCCUGCUUUUUUUUUUCAAUCAGAAACCUUCUGUACUGAAACCUA